GUUGUUAACAAUGAAAAAAAUAUUGUGCACCACACAACAGCAAAGUAUCACAACAUCACAUCACAUAUGUUAUAUAUAAAAAGCUUAGGCAUAAAACAAAGUCCCACAGAUCAAGGCAUACACAGCUAGCUAUCCACCAUGGCUCUCCGGAUUUACAUCUCAACCCUGUCCAUAGCAAUUUUCUCUCUAUGCACUUCUGCAUAUGACUAUUCUGCCAAUUUUAGUUAUACUGGUUCAAAUGGACCUGAGAAAUGGGGAACCUUAAGUCCAGAUUUCGCAGCAUGCUCAAAUGGGAAAGCUCAGAGUCCUGUUGAUAUUGCAUAUCCUGAUAUUGUUAUGAACAUGGAGUUGGAAUCCUUAGACAGAGACUACCUUUCUACAAACGCCACGCUUGUUAACAACAAGUUCAACAUUGGGGUGCAUUUUCAAGGACAAGUGGUGGGAGAUAUUAAUAUAAAUGGAAAAAAUUAUUCUUUGAAACAAUUGCACUGGCAUUCUCCAGCAGAACACCGGGCACAUGGUCGUGUACAUGAGGCUGAGCUCCAUCUAGUUCACUUGACCCCUGAUAACAAUGGCAUAGCAGUUGUGGCAGUUCUCUACAACUUGGGUGAUCCCGAUCCUAUCAUCUCCCAGAUGGAAGACAAGUUUGUUGCGCUAGCCAAAGAAAACCGUGCAGGCAAUAAGGAUGCCCAAAUUCCUAUCGGCACUUUUGAUUUUGAGGAGAUAAAUGCAAGGACACACAGCAGGUAUUACAGAUAUGUUGGCUCUCUUACCACUCCUCCAUGCAAAGAGGGUGUUAUUUGGAACAUUCUUGGCAAGGUAAGGACACUCUCAAAGAAACAAUUGGAGCUCCUAAAGGCACCAUUGAGCCAAGAAUACAUUCAUAACGCAAGGCCUCUUCAGCCACUGAAUGGCCGCAAAAUUGAGAUGUAUGACCAUUACAACCAUAGGCAGGGGAUUUGAGCAACCCCAACCAAACAUCAUCAACAAAUUUUCUCACGAUGAUUACUCGCUUCGUAUUGAAGAAGAUAGUGUCCUUUUUUUUUUGUCAAUAAUAGAUAUAGUGUCCUACUCUGCUUGUUCUAAGAUUGAAGUUAGAGAGCACUUUGUUUUUUUGGGUCGAAGUAAGGCUGAAGGCCUAGUAGAAUAAAGGGCAAAAGCCCAGGUACAACAAUAAGAGUACUUUGCUUUUAGAUCAGAAUAAUGGGUUCAACUCACCUCUAGAAUUUGUUGCCCCAAGAAAUACUCACCACCAGAAUUACUGCACUCAAUUUUAUGCUUUUGGAUGCCAUUAAUCA